AUGGCUGGAACGGUUGAGGUCAAGAUUGCCGAAUGCAAGGCUGUCUGGCGUUUGGAUGCCGCCGCUGUGAGCCAAGUGCAGCAUCCAAACUGCCUCAUGGGUGGCCCCUUCCACUUCCUGGACCACCUGGUUGAGGUGCACUUCUAUCCACACGGCGACCCUCGCUACACAGCAGAGCAGUUCAAGGGCCAUUCAAGCCUGACCCUUUUCUCCGAUCAGCCGUUCAAGCUGACCCUUCAUUCCAACGAGACCAGACUCUGGAGUGGGACCUUGCAGGACAAGCAACGUGUCCACGAGAGCCUGCGCCCCGCAUCGAGUCGAACCAAGUUCGGACUCGUUUCUGCAAGCUUCCCCUCGAGUGCUUUUGAGGGUGGCAAGCUCGUGGAGUUCACUGUCUGCUUCCACGGCAUUCCAGGCGCUUCCAUAUCGCUGCAGGAUCAAGCCCUGCAGUUCCUGGGGAGGCAGCUUGACUCCACGAAGAAGGAGUACGCGGUGCUCCAGGACCAGAAGAACGACCAGACGUCCGAGCUCCGCCGCUCGACGCAGGAAGCCGAGCAGCUCCGGGCACAGCUCGAGUCCAGCAAGCAGGAGAACCUUCAGCUGCGUGCGCUGCUUGGUGAGGGUGGCGCGGGUCCCGUCGACGCGGGGCAGCUCGCGCGGUGGCACCGCGAGAUGGAUCGAUCCACGAUGGCGACGACUCCCUACGACGUGGUUCUGGCCUUCAACUCCUUGGCCAAGUUCCUGAAGACCAGGCGAAUUCGCUUGUUGAAGAAUGCAGAGUCCAAGCUGGACAUCAUGAAGUCAGAGAGCGUCCGCAUCAUCGCAAUCGUGGGCUUGUUUGAGAAGGGGAAGACAUGGCUCAUCAACAAGCUCUUCGGAGUGAACCUGCCUUCCGGUACCCUUCAUGAAACGGAUGGGCUGAGCUUUCUCUGGAUCCCCGAACGCCGGAUGCUGCUGAUCGACUCAGCAGGCGUGCAGUGUCCGGUCUCCUACUGUGCUCCCUCGGGUGCAGGGAGCGAGGAGUCAGUGGAUGACGCUCUUUUUGAUGCGAAGUCAUCCGAGUCCUUCCUCUUCGAGAUGAUCUCCCGAGUGGCCUCCCACAUGGUUUUCGUGGUCACGAGCUUCACGUCCAUGGAGCAGCAAUACGUGGAGAUGCUGCGGAGGAAGUACGUGGCAAGGGGAGUCCACAAAGAGCUCAUCGUUGUGCACAACAUGCUGAACGUCAGCAAUCCAGACGUGGCUCAGCAGGUUUUUGAGAAGCAGGUCACCACGUGCUACGUGGGUGACAUGUCUACGCUGGGCCGCCUCAUCUUCACCGCCAAGAAGGGCAAGGGCCCGCCAGUGCACCACAUCGGGCUCUGCUACGAGUGGAGCAGGGCCGGCGAUGAGUUCAAUGAGAAGAACAGACAGUACCUCUUGCAAAGCUUGGAGCACCGAGAGUUGGAAACCGAGGUGGUCCUCCAAGACCAGCUCCGCGAACACUUGUCCGAGCUUCUCAAGAUGUUUGUGAGCACGGAGCUUCCGGAGAAGGCCGAUGGACCCGAGCCUUCCUUCAGCGUCGAGUUUUGCUCGGAAGACAAAGCGGUUUUCUCCCCCGGAGAUGAGGCCCUGCUCGCGGAGGACGCGGCGCGCCGCCUGGGCCAUGAAGGCAAAGUCCGCGUGAAGCAAGUGCGCGAUGACGAGCCGGGGGUGUACAUCGGGUUCCAAGGCGGCGAAGAAGAAAAAGAAGCUUGGGUGAGGAGCGAUGAGCUUCUACCAGUCGAGGGGGGACCCGAAGUGGAGAUGAUUCCGGCCGGCUACGUGUGUGGAGGGACCUUUACAUUGAAGGUCGAAGCGGGGGCAGACCUGAAGAUGAAGACGCGCGGUGUGAUUUCCCCGCUGGGUGAGCUCAUAGGUCACAACACCACCUUCGAGCCGCAUGUCAAUGUCUACAACGAGACCUCCGAGAAGGGGGAGGUUUACCGGAAGAUCCGCAUCGAAUGCCCAGGAGUGGCCGAGGAGGACAUCGAGCUGGAUGAUGAGAGCCUGUCCGCGGGGUUCCUUCUCACCAUCACCAAGAAAGCCGGCAUCGACGAGCAGGCCAAGAACAUCGAGUCAGUGGGCGGAUCCUUCCGGCAGCAGCAGGGGCGAUGGCAACGGGAGUUCGUGCUGGAGAAGACGGACGGCAAGUUCGAGGACCCGACCUACAAGUUGCAGGACGGGAUUCUCGAGAUCACCAUGAGGAAGAAGCAGAAGAAGUGUAAGGCGCGGCAAGGCUACGGAGGACGGACGGAGCCCGCCCCGUCCGAGGCCCCCUCGGAGGCCUCCUGGUCCAAAGUCAGUUUGCAGGACCAGGAGCAGUGA